UGGAGUCGUGAACGUGCAGAUUGGUGCGCGCGCCCCCUCGCUCUCCCAGGUGAAUGUGUUCAGCAGUGUGAGAGAGUGUGUGUGUGGUCCGGAGUUGUGUGUGUGAGUGUGAGAGAGUGUGUGUGAAAGGAAAAUGAGGUUUCUCAGUCUGAAGGUUUUCUGCGCCGCGGCGAUGUGUGUGUUGUGUUUCGGCAAGCGGGUCUUUUUCCAAUGUGGGGCAAAGUUGGACAUUUCGGACGUUCAGGGUCUCGUUCUCUCUCCCGGUUUUCCUGAUAACUACUCGUCCGGCUCGCACUGCAUCUGGCAGUUUUUUGUUCCCGCUGGUCAUCAGUUGACGAUGGAAAUGUUUGAUUUUGAUGUUUUUGAGAGUUCCGAGAGAAGCUUGAGCAGAGCAGAAGAUGUGACCACAAGUGAAGAUGAAGAACAUCUCCUUAAUAAAGGCUUAAUCAGGAGUCAACCUGCGCUACAGGAACAGUCCACAGAUAUAAGGGAAAUCGGAGAAGGCUCCAACAGCAUGGUGUGGAACACGACGCAGCGGCUCUGUGAUCCUCCAGAACCUCAGACAUCAGAUAACGGGCAGGAACAUGCACAAAACUCCACGUUUCCUUCAUCUGUGGAGGACAACACUGAGGUCCACCUGCCUCCUUCCAGCACACCAGCGAACAUCGUUGAGAACGAAUCAGAGACCCUGCAGCUGCUGAAGGACGUGUGUCCUGAUGACGUCCUGUACAUCACGGACCUGAUCACGUUUUCUUCGCGGUUCUGUGGAUCCAAGCGUCCGUCUGACGAUCGGCUGGUGUUCGGGUCUGACGUCGAGAUGGUUGAAGUGAUAAUGGAGCUCAUCACGAACACACACCGGGGUCGAGGGUUCGCUCUGAUAUUCCGUUAUCACAAUCGAACAGCCGAAGCAGCCGUCGAGGUCGGGGUUCAGAGGUCGUCGGCGCCCUCUGUUGGUGCGGUAGAAGCGCUGCUCGCUGCCGUUAGCCUUGUUGCUUUGUUGGCUUUGAGUCUUAUGAUCGUUCUGUGUGUGACUCUGAGACCAAAACUGUGUGUAAAAGCCUCCACCAUGACGACAUCCAUCACCUCGGAGGUCCCAGGUCAGAACCUGCACACUGAUGACAGUGAACUUCAGCUGGUUACAGCAAACGUCUCUGAGCAAGAACUCAACAAACACAAAACCUUACCCCACACAGGUAACGCCCUUCUCUUACCCCACACAGGUAAGGCUCCAGUAUGCCAAAGUUCCCAAAAUGUUGUGCUGGACUGUUCUGAUGGUCUGAUGGAGAUGGAAUUGGGAGCAGAUGAAGUAUUUGUUAUCUCAAACACAACCACACCAUCGUUUUCUCCUUGCACGCAGCACGAACGUUUUCUGCGACACUGUGACACGGGAUCUGUGCAGCCGUCUGAUUGGAUGCCUCACAGCGAACCCUCUAAUUGGCCAAGUCGUGGCAGCCAUGUUGGAUCAGCGCGUCCCCGAGCAUGGAGCGUCCGAACCUUCCAUGACUUCCUGCUUCCUCUUCCUCAAUUAAACAGGAAGUGGUGCAGCUGGAAUUUAACGAGCCCCUUCACCAAACUAGUGGACACUGUUUCUCCAGGGUCUGAUGGUGUGAAGGUUCCUUCAGCUCCGAAUCAGCAGCGCUACAACAGUUCACGGUCUCACACGUCUGAGCAGCUCUGCGAGCCCGAUGCUGCCCUCUGUGGCCUGGAGCAAGGAGUGGAAGUGAAAAUCUGCAGGUUCUCUGCUGCUGCUGCUGAUGAUGAUGAUGAUAAUCUCACCAUUCCUGUGUUCGCCAUUUCAGAAGAAGACGAUCGAGAACCUCUAGUUUCAGCUGAACAUCAAAACCAAGAGAAAAACUGUGAGAGCGGGAAUUGCGAGUCCUUCCCUACAUUAGGCUCCACCCACUUUACGGUAGAGGAGUUGGAUGUUUAUAAAAACAGCAGUAAGAUCCAGCUUCCCUCACUGAGCCAUGUGACCGUUCCAUGCGACUCUGUGGGAAAGGACAUAUGAUCGACUCGACCGCAUCGUCAUAACCAACAGCGUGUGUUUGUGUGCAGCGUCCCUGUUAUUAUCUCAUCAUAAAACAUGGCAGAAGUUUUAAUCUAAUUUAUUCUAAUGCCUGUGUACUGUGUCGUGUGUAUACUGCUGGAUUUACACAAACACUUUAAACUGCUUUUAAAGCAGGAAUUUUGAGCUUCAUAGUUGAAGUGGACUCCAAGUGUUCCUGUGCCUGAGAUAUAAAGGAAACAUUAACAUAAAAAACUGCAUAGAAUCGAGUUCUGUUAGCUUCAAGUGCUUCAGAGCUGCAGAUCUAAAUGAUUCAAACGAUUCAAACGAUUGUUUCUGAUUCUUAAUCGUAUUUGAAUCAUAUAUUAUUGAACUUUAGAAUUUAGUACGGCAAUAUGCGUUUUGUGUGUGUGAGAGUGACUGUGUGUGCGUGUGCAUGUACAUUUGUAUGUAUGCGUGUGUGAGUUCAUGUGUGUUUGAUUGUGUGUGCACUUGUGCAUGUGUGUGUGUGCGUGAGUGUGUGUGUGUGCAUGUGUACGUGUGUGUGUGUGUACGUGUGUGUGCAUGUGUAUGUGUGUGUGUGCAUGUUUACGUGGGUGUGUAAACACAAGCGUCUUUGUUUUUUCACAGUGUGUCAGUGAGACGUGUCAGCUGAUGGAUUCCUACAUUAAUAGUUGUUUCUUUACGUAACGAGGCGCAUUUUUGACGUGUAUAAAUAUUUAAACAUUUUGUGGAGUGAAUUAAACGUUAUUGUCUAAUUCCAGCACAUAACAGUUCUGUGGUGUGUAAUAUUAGUGUUAUAAUACACACUUUGUUCUAGCUCACUUCACUGCUGGUGUUUUGUUCCUAAUAGAUGAUUAAUGCUGCUAAAUCGUUCACUGUUGUGCUUUAAAGGGAAAAAUGAUUACUGAUGAAAAGAAGAAAUGCAGAAAGUAACAAAUCACUAGAAAUAAAAUAUUCUGUGAAGUACAA